UAAUUUACAAGAGUAGACAGUAAUAAGACAAAACUAAAGGUGGUUCCUCUUUAGGUUUUAUUACUACAACGUUAACUUUCUCAUUUCUCUUCCUCGCCGCCUUCUUUUUUCUUCUUCACUCUCUCUGCUUCUGCCUCUCUGCAUGAAGGUGAACUAUGGAGCAAUCUUCUUCGGCGCAUUGCUUUUUGGUACUAUGACUGUUGUAUGGCUUCUGAACAAAUGCUGAUGGAUGUUAAUCCAGGUAAUAAACUACAUUGUGCUGCAAAAGUUACAGUUCACAAGCAGAAGAUGAUUCCCUUGGAUGAUUUGAUUGGGAAGAGUUCAAGGUGAAUGAUUAAGUGGGAAGAGAGCAUCGAUAACAUGGAGAUUGAGAUGCAUAAACAAAAUAAGGCUCCCGAGAAUAUCGAGGUUGAUAUACUUGGAUGCACAAAUAAUAAUUACACCACAACAAUUGAAAUUGAGGAUCCGGAUGCAACUGAAUGUUCCAGCUCAUUUGCCGACACCAUAUCUGAUACCGAUAAAUGUUCUGAGUUGAGUGAUGCUGAAGUGGAAUCCCAUUUCAUUGGUGAUGCUGCUUUUGCAUCUGCUUACCAACCGUUUAGUAGCGUGUUUCAUAUGAGGAAGAAGAGGCUGACAAAUCACUGGAGGAACUUCAUUCGGCCUCUCAUGUGGCGCUGCAAAUGGGUGGAACUGAGAAUCAAACAAAUAGAGUCUCAAGCAGGAAAGUACACCAGAGAACUUUCAGCAUACAAUCAGAGAAAGUUUUCUGGAAUUGAUCAAUCUGCACUGGAAGGUUUUGGUUCAAAGUCAUUGCCAUUUUCUAGUCAGUAUAACCGUAAAAAGGCCAUAAAGCGGAGGAGACGAAAGAGAAUUGAAGAAACAACCGAUGUAGCGUCAUACAUGUCAAGCCAUAACUUAUUUUCCUAUUUUGAAAACAGGAAAAUCAUUCCUGAUGAUGCUUAUAUUGCCGAUGAUUUUCCCAACACAGCUGAUACAGACCAACAUGCAGAAUGCAAUGAUAAAUCCGGCAUUAAUAAUGAUCAAUUACUUUUCGAGUUCAGAGAUGAAAAUAAUUCCUUGGACCAAGUCCUUAGGAAGAUUGAAAUCGUGCAUGCUAAGAUUCAAAAACUCAGGAAUCAACUUGAUCAAGUGAUGUCCAAAAAUAUUUCGAAGUUUUCUUCCUCUGAGAAUUUGAGCCUCCUUGCUGUUUGUGAUGCUCAAACCAGCUCUGCCCCUAGCCCUACGGUUUCAGCUGGCAACGGAGACACAAUAUCCACCGGACCUGCAUUUAACACAACUCAACAAAUUUGUGAAUAUGCUGGAGAUAUAGUCAUGCCCGCAAGUGCCAUUUCAAGUUAUGGAAAGGCUUUCCAUGUUCCUGAUAUUAUUGAAAGCACUGUUGGAUUGUUGUCGUCUGCAGAAGUUACCUGCCACCAGCCACAACUGGUAGAUUCGUGCGAAGAUAUUGUGGAAAAUGUUCCGAUACAGAACGAAGGAAUCGCCGGAGAUAAACAAGCUUUAAUGGCGACAAACAGUCAGUCCGUAAAGGAACAUCUUCAAGCCGAGAAAGUAGAAGGAGAGAGUGCCGAUCCUUCUCGUGUUCCGACAUCAGAACCUAAUAAUGCAACAGAAGACAUAGCGUCUCAGGAGCAAUCGAUUCUGAGACCAUGUCUAGCGUCGGACAUCUAUUUCCCUAAGAGCAAAAGAAAGCGCGGGGAACGUAAAGCCGGUUCGGUUGGUUGGAGCAGGAAACCCGCUGGUGAGCCUGAUAAUAGCCAGUGACUUCAUUUCUGAUAGUUCACUAAGCUUAGUAUGCUCUGUGUUGCUAACAAGUCAAUCAUAAACACUUAGUAGGUACUGUAACCGGAACUCGAUUUUUCGGAGCCACUGUUGUAGUUUCUGAUAAACUGGCCUCAACCAACAGUUUUCAUGGGGUC